AUGGAAGAGAAAGCUGAACUAGCUGAUAGAGACAAGUAUCAACGGUUGGUAGGAAACUUGACAUAUUUGUCACACACUUGUCCAGACAUCACAUGCAGUUGGGGUGGUAAGUUAGUUCAUGCACCAACCAUAGGUAGCUCACAUGGAUGCAAUCUUAAGAAUUGUCAGGUGUAUACAUAUGCCGAUUGGGCUGGGGAUAAAGGGAAUAGAAGAUCAACACCAAGAUAUUUCUCUCUGGUAGGAGGUAAUUUAGUUACAUGGAAAAGUAAAAAACAGAAAGUGGUUUCCUUGUCAAGUGCUGAAGUUGAGUUUAGAGGGAUAUCUUGA